AUCUGACGCUAUCCCGGAAGUCUCGCGGGAGGAUCUGCCCCGGGGCGGAGCGGAAGCGGCCGGAAAGACAGAGCAGACGCGGCUCCGCUGAUUAGGAGAUUUAGAAAUGGAUACAUCCAGUGGCCAUCCUGGAGGCAAGAGACCUACUUUUUGAAGGAAAUAUUGGACAAAGCAUCAGAGGAUAAUUUGCAUGUUGGAUGAACUGCAAAAGGCCGCAGUUUUUCCUUCUGAAGUGAAGCUAAAAAGUAUCUUUCAUAGCAACCUGAGUCUGGUGACAAACGGAAGGUGUGAGCAGCAAAGGGGAACAGCCCUUCUCUUUGUGUGGCCUCCACAGAGAAGUUGCAGUCACCAUGGAGGCCAUAGCAAAAUAUGACUUCAAAGCCACAGCAGAUGAUGAGCUGAGUUUCAAGCGAGGGGACGUUCUGAAGGUCCUGAAUGAAGAGUGUGACCAGAACUGGUACAAAGCUGAACUCAACGGAAAAGAUGGAUUCAUUCCCAAAAAUUAUAUUGAGAUGAAGCCACAUCCGUGGUUUUUUGGCAAGAUUCCACGUGCCAAAGCAGAAGAGAUGCUUGGUAAGCAAAGACACGAUGGUGCCUUUUUGAUCCGUGAGAGUGAAAGUGCACCAGGAGACUUCUCUUUAUCAGUCAAAUUUGGCAAUGAUGUGCAGCACUUCAAGGUUUUGCGAGAUGGUGCAGGGAAGUAUUUCCUGUGGGUUGUAAAGUUCAACUCCCUGAAUGAGCUAGUUGAUUACCAUCGGUCUACAUCAGUAUCCCGGAACCAACAGAUCUUCUUGCGUGACAUCGAGCAGGUGCCACAGGUACACGGGGGAGAAAGAGCAACGAAUUUACCACAGCAACCCACCUAUGUGCAGGCGCUGUUUGAUUUCGAUCCCCAGGAAGAUGGGGAACUUGGAUUCCGACGAGGAGACUUCAUCCAAGUGGUGGACAACUCAGAUCCGAACUGGUGGAAGGGAACUUGCCAUGGCCAAACUGGCAUGUUCCCACGCAAUUAUGUGACACCUGUCAACCGCAACCUGUAACUAGAGCCUGCAAGGCAGCCAAGGAAGAGCACAGACAGGCUUACCUGGGAAAGAGAGUAUGGACUGAUUUUAAGACCAGGGAUACACAAGACCAGUUUAUUUAGGUAUAGAUAAGUUGAAUGAAUUGCAACUAUAGGCAAAUUAUCGACAAAUGGAACCACAAAAGUAUAUGCUUAGGGAUACUAAUUGAUUGAGAGGCCCUAACUAUUUGGCUAACCAGACUAUAGUGUAAUUGGGCCACACAUUUGUAAAUGUGGGUCUAUCACAGGUAGACCUGUGAUAUAUAAGAGAAUGGUAAUGGACUGACAGUAAAGCUGGGUUGGGGUGAGGGCAGGGUAGCUACACACACUUGCAAACACACACACAAACUGCUCUACAGAAACAGUGGUGAACACCCACUGGUCCGUGAUCUGAGGAAACCAUCCCAGGAGUCUGGCUGUGCUUUGUGCAAUUGCUUUUCAGCAUCUUUUUUGAAGGAAAGGGGAGUACCCUUGGCUCAUUAUGGAACUUUAAUUUUUUUUUGGGGGGGGUUGAGGGUCCAACAGGCUCAGUGGGCGGGGGAGGGGGUUUAAUGGAUGUUUGAUUUAGAAUGCCAAAACAUAACUUUAAAUUAAAGACCGAAAAUAAGACUUUUUUUUAAUUAACAAGUUUCCUUCACUGCUGCUGUUUCUUCCUAAUGUUUCACCCGCUUCACUCCUCUUUAUCUGUCUUAUCGUGCAUGUGUGUUAUCAACGCACUGAAAUACAACACACGCCUAUAAAAUAAAAUACAAAAUUGA